AGCCCGACAGUGUGUGUGUGCGCGUGUGCGUGCGUGUAUGUGUGUGUGUACGGAGCUGCAGCUCCACAGCCUCAUUCCCUUCCUGUCCCAAGACCAUGAAGUCCUUUGUGUGGCCGCUGCCUUUGGCUCUGGCUCUGGCCCUGACCCUGGGGGAGACCCUCGCAGGGCCAGCCAAGUCUCCCUACCAGCUUGUACUCCAACACAGCCGGCUCCGAGGCAGGCAGCACGGCCCCAAUGUCUGUGCUGUGCAGAAGCUUAUUGGAACCAACAGGAAGUACUUCACGAAUUGUAAACAGUGGUACCAGAGGAAAAUCUGCGGAAAAUCCACAAUCAUCAGCUAUGAAUGUUGUCCUGGAUAUGAGAAGGUCCCUGGAGAAAAAGGCUGCCCUGCGGCACUGCCUCUCUCAAACAUUUAUGAGACCUUGGGUAUUGUUGGAUCUACCACCACUCAACUCUACACUGACAGGACUGAGAAACUGAGACCCGAGAUGGAAGGCCCAGGGAGUUUCACAAUCUUUGCUCCCAGCAAUGAGGCCUGGGCUGCUCUGUCUGCUGAAGUUCUGGAUUCCUUGGUCAGCAAUGUCAAUGUUGAACUACUCAAUGCACUUCGAUACCACAUGGUAGACCGACGAGUCCUGACUGAUGAGUUGAAACACGGAACAACACUCACCUCUAUGUACCAGAACUCAGACAUCCAUAUCCAUCAUUACCCCAAUGGGAUCGUUACUGUCAACUGUGCUCGGUUGCUGAAAGCAGACCACCAUGCUACCAAUGGUGUGGUCCACCUCAUAGACAAGGUCAUUUCCACCACUACCAACAGCAUUCAACAGUUCAUUGAGAUUGAAGAUACAUUUGAAACCCUUCGGGCUGCUGUGGCUGCUUCAGGCCUUAACACUCUGCUAGAAAGUGAUGGUCAAUUCACUUUCUUAGCCCCAACCAAUGAAGCAUUUAAGAAGAUCCCUCCAGACACCCUGAACCGUAUUCUGGGUGAUCCUGAUGCACUGAAAGAUCUGUUAAACAACCACAUCCUGAAAACGGCCAUGUGUGCUGAAGCCAUCAUUGCAGGACUGUCCAUGGAGACUCUGGGGGGCAACACCCUGGAGGUGGGUUGUAAUGGUGAUGUGCUCACCAUUGAUGGGAAGGCCAUCAUUUCAAACAAGGACAACUUGGCAACCAAUGGAGUGAUCCAUUAUGUGGAUGAGCUACUGAUCCCAGAUUCAGCUAAGACUCUAUUUGAAUUGGCUGCUGAGUCUGAUGUUUCAACGUCUAUUGACCUUUAUAGACAAGCUGGCCUUGGUUCUCAUCUCUCUGGAACAGAACGCUUGACCCUACUUGCCCCUCUGAAUUCUGUAUUCAAAGAUGGUGUCCCUUAUGUAGAUGCCAACAUGAAGAAUUUGCUUCUGAAUCACAUUGUUAAAGAUCAGCUGUCCUCCAAGUAUCUGUACCAUGGACAGACCCUGGACACUCUGGGUGGCAAGAAACUGAGAGUUUUUGUUUAUCGUAACAGCCUGUGUAUUGAGAACAGCUGCAUUGCAGCCCAUGACAAGAGGGGAAGAUUUGGCACCCUGUUUACUGUGGACCGGAUGUUGACACCACCAAUGGGGACUAUCAUGGAUGUUCUUAAAGUUGACAAUCGUUUCAGCAUGCUGGUGGCUGCCAUUCAAACUGCAGGUCUGACAGAAACCCUCAACCGAGAAGGUUCCUACACCAUCUUUGCUCCAACAAAUGAAGCCUUCCAGGCCCUGCCACCAGGGGAGCUGAAUAAACUUAUGGGAAAUGCUAAGGAACUUGCCAACAUUUUAAAAUACCAUGUUGGGGAUGAGAUCUUGGUCAGUGGUGCCAUUGGGGCCCUGGUGAGGUUAAAGUCUCUACAAGGUGAUAAACUGGAAAUCAGCUCGAAAAAUGCUGCUGUAAGUGUCAACAAAGAACCUGUUGCAGAAAAUGACAUCAUGGCCACCAAUGGGGUGAUCUAUGCUAUCAAGAGUGUUUUACAACCUCCAGCCAAUAGACCUCAGGAUCGAGGAGAUGAGCUUGCAGACUCUGCCCUAGAAAUCUUCAGACAAGCAUCUGUUUUUUCUAAGACUUCCCAGAGAUCUAUACGAUUAGCUCCAGUCUACCAGCAGUUGUUGGAGAGGAUGAAACAUUAAGCCAAAGGACCUUUGGAGGAAUGUGUCAUGACAAUUCCCAGCCACAAACAACAUUGGUUUGCAGAAGAAACUGAUCUCACAAUUCAUUUUCCAGGGAUUGCCUCUAAAACAGGGUGGCCCCAGAGUUACCACUGAUCUGGGGAGGAUGUGGGUAGUGGGGGGCAUAUAUUUCAUGGCCACAAGCACACUUACAUGCCAAGUCUUUAACAUCGCUGUGUGAUUCACAUUUUAAAAUGAAAAGUCCAAAACACAUAGUCGGUCAAAAACAAAACAAAGCAAAACAUCCUGAGUGUUCUUUCUGAGAAGUAUAAUAGCAGUUUGGGAGAACUCACCCAAUGUCCUGUGUGCCCUGUCUGACUAGAACACUGGUAGCAGCCAUGUUUUUGAACUGGGCUCCAUCAUCACUGCAUUUAGAGUUCAGUAUUCUGAAAGCCUGUUUCAAUUGGAAAAACUGCAUUAUAUAAGCUAUGGUUUGAAUGGUUCUGUUCUUUGUGUUCUGUGUCUCCUAGGGUUUGAGCAUUUCUGUGUUAUUAUCCCCAGGAUGUAAAGAAGGGGUGGGUCUGUGUAGUGUAUGGACGUGAAUUUCCCUGGAAGACGUAUGGCAAUGGCACAAUUUGUAAUAAUAAAACAAAAGAAAA